CGCAUGUUUUCGGCUGACCGUCCGUGAUCAUCGCGCAGAGAGUUUCGCGUAAUUUCUUUUGCCCGUCGUAACAAAUCCUCCGAUGGUUCUGGACUCAGUUGUCCAGUAAGUGCGUGGUCCGGUGUUGAAAACCGUAGGAAUCAAGUGUCGCGUAUCUUCUUUUUGCUUAAAUUAAAAUGAACACCCGAGGCUUGCUGCAGCGAAGUCUAAAAUUCCUCACCGGCAAGCAGAUUCUCGCAAGGCCAGCUAGCAGUUUGGCCGGGUCCGGUGGCCAGGGCCGAUGUUCACACUGUCGCGGGCUUAGUGGGACGGACGGGAUCUUUAGCCAGAGCCGAACAGCGGGACUGUUGGCCGCCGACAAGAGCCAGGAUGUGAUCCAGGUGCGGCAAAUCAGCACCGGCCGGGUGUUGCAGAAGAAGGACUACUACAGCAUUCUGGGGGUGGCGAAAAACUCCUCGCCGAAGGAAAUCAAAAAGUCGUACUAUCAGCUGGCGAAAAAGUACCACCCGGACACCAACAAGGACGAUCCGGACGCGAGCCGGAAGUUCCAGGAGGUGUCGGAGGCGUACGAGGUCCUGAGCGAUGACACCAAACGGCGCGAGUACGACACGUUCGGCCAAACGUCGGAACAGAUGGGCCGCGCCGGCGGCGGUGGCCAUCCGGGCGCUGGUCGCGGUCCGCAGGGCUUCUCCCAGAACUGGCAGUUCCGCAGCACCAUCGAUCCGGAGGAGCUGUUCCGGAAGAUUUUCGGCGACGGUGGCUUCAAGGCCGGUGGCUUCGACGACUUUAGCGAUUCGCGGUUCGGUUUUGGCGGCGCCCAGGAGGUGAUGAUGAACCUGACCUUUGCGCAGGCGGCACGCGGCGUGAACAAAGACAUCGACGUGAACGUGGUGGACACGUGCCCGAAGUGCACCGGGUCGAGGUGCGAGCCGGGCACGAAGCCGGGCAAGUGUCAGUACUGCAACGGGACGGGCAUGGAGACGAUUUCGACGGGGCCGUUUGUGAUGCGUUCGACGUGUCGGUACUGCCAGGGCACGCGGAUGUACAUCAAGUAUCCGUGCUUGGAGUGUGGCGGCAAGGGACAGACGGUGCAGCGGAAGCGGGUGACGGUGCCGGUGCCGGCGGGUGUUGAGGACGGGCAGACGGUGCGGAUGGCCGUGGGUAACAAGGAGCUGUUUAUCACGUUUAACGUUGAGAAGAGUCGCUACUUCCGGCGGGACGGCUCGGACGUGCACACCGAGGCCAACAUCAGCCUGUCGCAGGCGCUGCUCGGGGGAACGAUCCGCGUGCAGGGCGUGUACGAAGACCAGACCAUCCAGGUCGUGCCGGGAACGUCGUCGCACACGCGCAUCACCCUCAAGGGCAAGGGACUGAAGCGGGUCAACAGUUACGGGUCGGGCGAUCACUACGUGCACCUCAAGAUUCAGAUUCCGACCAAGCUGAGCAGUCAGCAGAAGGCGCUGGUGCAGGCUUACGCCGAACUCGAGGAGGACACUCCGGGCCAGAUCAUGGGCGUGACCCACAAAACGGACGGUAAGUACUCGGCUGGUGCCGCCGGCGCAGCUGCAGCAGGUUCGUCAGGCUCUGGCGGCUCUGGUCCCUCGUCCUCGUCGUGGUCCUCCAAUUCCAGUUCCGGGUCACAGCGCGGCAAAUCGUCGGCUGAACCUCCCAUCCAGGGCGCCCGCGAGGACGACAGCUUCCGGGGGUACAAGUCGCACGACCAGUCGUCGGUUCCGCGCGACACGCUCGGAGGUUCACGGUUCUACUUUGGCCUCGGCGUGCUGCUCGUGUUCGGGUUCUACGUGUACUACAGUAUCGCUCAGAUUCCGACCCAGCUGGAGCUGGAACGGGACGCGGCCCUGGAGCGACAGAGGCGAGCCCAGGCCGGAGCUGGAGGGCCAGCGCAGCGGAGCCCGUUUGACGAUGCCUAGACGAGAUAGAAAUAAGAUGACGAUUGUUAAGUUGUUUUGUUGGUUGGUUGGUUGAAAAUUGUACCGGACACAGAUUACGAAAAUAAAGACGCGAUAGAACGCUGUGAGAUUAGGUAAAACAA